UAUGGCCUAUAUGCGAACUAAUUGGUUAAAAAUGGCAUCGCGUGUUAGCGUGCACAAUUGUCCAGUGCGUACUAAUAAUAUUGCAGAAUCUUUCCAUAAUAUCGCAGCUUUAAAAUUAGGAAAACAAAAUAUAAACGUUUGGACAAUUUUGGAGAAAGUAAGCGACCGGCUAAUUGAUCAAGAACUUGAUUUGAAUCGAUUACGAAAUGGUAUAGCAUGUAGAAGACCACGUACUUAUGCUAAUAUUAAUCGUAGGAAAAAAAUAAUAAAAGCUCAAGCCGAAUAUGAUACUGAAAGAUUAACUUUAGAAGAGUUUUUACGUAUUUUCAAUUAUGAAGACACAAUUUUCCAAAGUAAUAAAAUUGGUACUUUGGCAGAUGAGAAUAUUGAUGAUGAAAUUGCAGAUGCCAAUUAUUUUGCUAAAACGACUAAUAGUCCAAUGGAAGAAGGUGAAGAAGUAGAAGAACCUUACCUAAUACGACUUCGAUAUCGUCGGAUUCCUCGAAAGCCGAAGACAGGAAAGCAUCAGAAUGCAGAGAAAAGGAACUACCGGUUCUCGCAUAUUUUACAAAUAAAGAGCAGGACGAAACUAUAGACGUCGAUAUUCAGUGCG